AUGGCCUAUGUCCCUGCACCUGGCUACCAGCCCACUUACAGCCCGACUCUGCCCUACAACAAGCCCAUCCCAGGAGGCCUCAGCGUGGGAAUGUCCAUUUACAUCCAAGGAGUGGCUAAUGAGCACAUGAGGAGAUUCUUCGUGAACUUCGUGGUGGGGCAUAACCCCGGGGCAGACAUUGCCUUCCACUUCAACCCCCGUUUUGAUGGCUGGGACAAGGUGGUCCUCAACUCGCAGCACGACGGCCAGUGGGGUAGAGAAGAGAGGAAAUUGAGCAUGCCUUUCAGCAGGGGCGCCGCCUUCGAGCUGGUGUUCAUGGUCUUGGCCGAGCACUACAAGGUGGUGGUGAAUGGAACUCCCUUCUACGAGUUUAAGCACCGAAUUCCACUACAGAUGGUCACCCACCUGCAAGUGGAUGGGGACCUGGAGCUUCAAUCCAUCAACUUUAUUGGAGGCCAGCCCACCUUCGGCGAGAGACCCAUCCCUACGCCGCAAUACCCAGGUCCUGUACACAGCCAUCCACCAUGGAAUAACCUGCCUACCAUGGAGGGACCCCCAAUUUUCAACCCGCCUGUGCCAUUUAUUGGGAAACUGCGAGGGGGGCUUAUAGCCCGAAGAACCAUCAUAAUCAAGGGCUUUGUACCCGUCUCAGCCAGGAGCUUCGCCAUCAACUUCAAGGUGGGAGCCUCAGGGGACGUGGCCAUGCACAUUAACCCCCGCCUGAACGAGGGUGUAGUGGUUCGGAACAGCCAUUUGAAUGGAUCAUGGGGAUCUGAGGAGAGGAAUAUUUCCUACAAUCCAUUUGGUCCUGGACAGUUCUUUGAUCUGUCCAUUCGCUGUGGCACGGAUCGCUUCAAGGUCUAUGGCAACGGCCAGCACCUCUUCGACUUCUACCAUCGCCUCACGGCUUUCCAGAGGGUGGACGUGUUGGAGAUCAAGGGUGAUGUUACCUUGUCCUAUGUCCAGAUCUGA